AUGGCGACGCAACUAUUAGAGUGCUUCGAAGUUAUCAGCACCAUGCAUGCGCCUAGAAUGAGGAAUCAAGAAGCCAAUGAGUUAGCACAAAUUUCCACUGGGUACAAGGUAUCAAAAGAAAAGCUCAAGGAUUUUAUUGAGGUAAAGGAAAAGAUGGUGUCAAACGUCUCGCCGUCACCCAAUACGUCAGAUUGGAGAAAACCAAUCAUAGAGUACUUAGAAAAUCCAGUCAGAAAGACUAACAGGAAAGUUAAGUAUAGAGCUUUAAGCUAUGUACGCCUGGGAAAUGAGUUGUUGAAGAAAACUCCAGAAAGAGUAUUGCUUAAGUGCCUUGGAGAUAGAGAAGCCUACUUAGAAAUGUCUGAAGUACACAGUGGAACUUGUGGGGUACAAUAA